AUUCAGAAAGGCAUCGAAGUGAUCGGGAUGAAAGAGAGAGGAGCCGGGAUGUGGAGCAUAAAGAAAGAGAUAAGGAGAAGGAUUUAAGGGAGCGGGAAAAAGAAAGCAGAUAUGCUAGAGCAAUCUUCAGAUGGUCUUUCUGGCAAUUGGGCCAGGCACAGCUCAGGUCAUGGGUCUUAAAUGUUUCUUCUAAACUUUCUGGACUCUAUUUAGAAGCUUGCAAUGCAAGAAAAUGCUGGUGGGGGAGUGAUGGGCUUUGCUUAGAGAAGCACCUGAUCUUCUGAUGCUUGUGGGAAAUUCAGUGUUCAGUGGUUACAAAAUUGGCUGUUAUUUUCUUGUAGUAUAUAUGUAUAAUUUAAUUUUAAUGUGAUUGAUUGCUUGCCCGUAGUGUUUAGGUUAUAGAUGACGCUCUGCAACCUUUGGAAGUUGUUUUUUGUGAUCGUUGGGUCUGGAGAGGACUUUUGUGGUUCUCCCUUGCAAGCUUAGAUAUCUGCUACUAUUUAGCCUAAUGUGUCUGUGUAUAGGUACAAACAUGCAUACAUCCUUAAAUAUGUAUGUAUGUAGACAUAACUUAAUACAUAUAUAUACUCGCCUGCAAGCUUUUAUUCCCAUAAUGAGAAACUUACGCAGAUUGCUCAUCUUAGAGGUCUCACCUUAAGAUCAAUAUUGUGUUCUAUUUUUGCAAGCUUUCUUAUUGAGAAUCAGUUAUAACACUCGCAUCAUUUUAACAUUAUGUUUUGGUGUGACUGUGCAAAUAGAUAUAGUCUGUGUUUUUAGUUUAUAGGUAUCAUUUUGUUCUGUAUGUUUGUGAUUCUUUCACUGGAAUAAAACUUCUAACAGGUUCCAGAUAAUUGCAACUAGGUCCUUUGGUACUGCCAUCCAUACAACUUGAUGAUGCUGUUUCAUUUAACAUUAUAUUGCUUAUAUAAGAACUAUGAUUCAUGGGUUCAGCCUUUACUCACUAUUGGAGAAAAUUUGCUGCCAUUUUGGAAAUACUCUUUUAUUCCUUUCUGUUUAUCAUUUAAGAAGACAUAAAGACAAAAAGGAAGAAGUGACAGAACCAGAGGCUGAUCCUGAACGAGAUCAGAGGACGGUAUUUGCUUAUCAGAUUUGUCUGAAGGCAGAUGAAAGAGAUGUAUACGAGUUCUUCUCAAGGGCUGGCAAGGUCCGUGAUGUACGCCUCAUUAUGGAUCGCAAUUCAAGACGUUCUAAGGGAGUUGGGUAUAUUGAGUUUUAUGAUGCAAUGUCAGUACCAAUGGCGAUUGCACUUUCUGGUCAACCUCUUCUUGGUCAACCAGUGAUGGUGAAGCCAUCAGAGGCUGAGAAGAAUCUGGUUCAAUCAACAUCUGUGGUUAGCGGACCAGGUGGGAUGAUAGGCCCAUAUUCUGGCGGAGCUAGAAGGCUGUAUGUUGGAAAUCUCCAUACCAAUAUAAAAGAAGACGAUCUCCGCCAGGUUUUUGGAGCAUUUGGUCCUGUAGAACUGGUUCAGUUACCUGUUGAUGAAACUAACAACUGCAAAGGUUUUGGAUUUGUGCAGUUCUCACGUCUUGAAGAUGCUAGAAAUGCACUGAGUUUGAAUGGACAAUUGGAGAUUGCAGGUCGACUAAUUAAGGUGUCAGCUGUUACAGACCAAGCUGGAAUGCAAGAUCUUGGAGCAAAUGCUGGUGAUUUUGAUGACGAUGAAGGUGGUGGCUUGUCAUUGAAUGCCCGCUCUCGGGCAAUUCUCAUGCAGAAAUUGGAUCGCAGUGGCUCUGGAUCAGGUAUUGCUGGUCCCCUAGGCACUCCCGCUGUCAAUAGCACAGGUGUUUCUUUACCAAUGGCACUACCAACGGCACCACUCCUGGGAGCUGCACCAGUGGUUUCUCCUCUUGUUCCUCCCAUCACCGCUGUUCCUGGUAUCGCUGGACUUGGUGUUGGUGGUCUUCAAAUUCCUACUGCUAUUCUUCCUUCUAUAGAUACAAUUGGUGUUCCAAGCGAAUGUUUACUGUUGAAAAAUAUGUUUGAUCCAGCAGUUGAGACGGAACCAAACUUUGACUUGGACAUUAAAGAAGAUGUUCAGGAGGAGUGCUCAAAAUACGGGAAUUUGAGGCAUAUCUUUGUAGACAAGAAUACCGCCGGUCAUGUGUAUUUACGAUUCGAGAACACACAAGCUGCGAUAAAUGCUCGGCAUGUUCUCCAUGGAAGAUGGUUUGCCGGAAAGAUGAUUGAGGCAACAUUCAUGUUGCCCCAGAACUAUGAGGCCAAAUUCCCGGAAAGCAGAUAGGAUUGUUAUAUGCAGUGUUGGAAAUGUAGAGAAUGUAGCUGGUAAUGCCUGUUGGUGGUUAGCCUUUUGGGUCCAAUUUUCAUGUGAGAGAGUAUUUAAUGAAUUACCAUCAGGGCUUUUUGUGUGAGAAGAAAGAAUGUCACGCUCAGUUCAGCAUUUGGAAUUUGUUGAUGGGUCAAAAGUUAGAUGUACAUCAACUUGAAAUUUUUACCGCCAGGGUGCCAUGUGAAUUUACAGUUACAGAUAUGGGUUUGUAGACUUAUUGAUGUUCUCAUUUGUCAACAACUUUCAAUGUUAUAAUAUUUGUCUGCAC